AGCCUCAACUCUCGCGGCCCGCUACCAAACGACUCACGGGCCAGUACCGGUCAUUAACUUAUGCGCCGAUUUUACCGGGAGGACCGGGCAGCUUGUGCGGACUCAUAAUUCAUUCUCUCGUGUAUUUGCAGUGUUAAAUGAAGGGGACGCAACUUUAAAGAUUAACUGUUUUAAAGACAAUCUGGUGGUCGUACACUGGAGAAUACUGAUGUAAUCAGAUCCAUAAAGUCAGGACUCACGUUUUGUUAAUCUUGUGUAAAUGCGUAAGUACACCUUAAACAUCUGUAUCCUCUCCAAGAGGCCAUGUACCCUGUAGACCUGCCAUCUGUGGAUCACAAUGACCUGACAUCUGCGUCUGAACAGUACAUGUCCUCUCUGGAGUCCAGCCCCUGUGAUAAUGAGUGGUUUCAGUCGUCGCAGACCUCAAAGGUGGCAAUAACAGCAACAAAUGUGAGCCAGCUGCAGCUGUUUGAGGGUGGCCAGCCUGCCUGCACGGUGCUGGCACUGCACCCUCCGGAUGAUCAAACACAAGUGGUCGGCCUAUACCUGCACGGGAAGUGGUGGCUUUUGGAUGACGUCUUGCGAACGUCAAGCAAAUCCAGAAGCGGUUUGGUGUCGGUCCAGUCUGUUAUGGAGAGGGUGAUUGUAUUUCUGCUCAGUCAGAUAAUGGAGAGGCCUUCACUGUUCUCCCUGCAUCCUCCCAAAGAGAGCUGCAAAGUGCUGUGGAAAGACGACCAGGCGGUCGGCUUUUACACCGUGAAGCACAAAGGGAGCCUGUGUGACGGCUGGAGCAGCUGCUGUUACCUGCUGCCUGUUCUGGACACUGUGCUGGUGAGGAGCAGCUGCAGGAGGAGAGGCUUCGGCCUUCAGAUGCUGGAGGAUUUCUGCUCCACCUUCUCUACGGAGGAGUUUCUGGGAGUCAGCUCUCCAUUAUCCCCCAGCAUGGCUGCAGAAAUACAACAAAACGUGUUUGUGUGUUCAGUGUUCAAAAGGUUCCUGCAGAAGCACCAGCAGCAUCGAGAGCGUCUGUACGAGGUGGAAGCUCCAGGGGGCUGGACUCAACGACGAAACAUCUGGCUUAACAUUCAGCUCGGACGCUACUGCCUCGGUACUGAUAAGGAGAGCAGCCCAAUAUCAGGAGAAACACAGAGAAAUGCGCUCAAGGACUCCUUUCACAAGAUUCUGUUAAAAAGUAGCAGCGCGUUGGCCGGGAACUGGACCUGCGUCUCCUGCAUCUACCACUGAACCACCAAUGCCACGUCC